UUCAUCGUCAAAUCCGUCAAACGAAUUGUCAUCAUUAUUGUUAAAUUCAAAUUGUUCAAGAAGUGUUAAAAAGCUAAAACAUGGAACUACUCACACCAUACUUAGGGAGCAUUCGAGUUCCCACCGCAAAUAGCAAAGUGUAUAAGGACGAAUGCGUCUUCUCUUUCGACAAUCCAGAAACCGAGACCGGUUUGUAUGUUAGUUUGAAGAGUUUCUUUGGACUCGGCCGCAAUUAUGUUGAGAAACACUUUCACAAAACGGGAGAAGCCGUUUAUCUCCACAUCCGACGAGUGCGUCGUGAAGUUUCAUCACCCCCACAGGGCGAUGGACCCGAAAAGAAAAUCACGCGCUUGGCGAUUGGAGUUGACGGCGGGUUUGAUCCCGAGGCUAUGUCAAAGAAGUUUGAAUUUGAGGACACCUACAAUGUUGUCAUCUUGCCGGCUUUCAGCACUAUUCCCUGGCCAAACGCAGAGCUUCCACAAAUUGUAAAGUCGUCCAUUGAGGGUAUAUUGGAAGCCCCCUCGGCGAGUAAAGUGGCCGAAAUAGAAGCCCUGACGGGAACGUGGGAUGGCGAAGCUAGGGUUGUCUCCCAGUUUGCCCACAAUUUGCCCCAAUUAGAUAACGGGAAAAAGAUUCCGCCAUCUGGGUGGCAGUGUGAAAAAUGUGAUAAAACAGAUAACCUUUGGCUAAACUUAACUGAUGGGUCUAUAUUAUGUGGAAGAAGGUUUUAUGAUGGAAGUGGAGGAAAUAAUCACGCUAUUGAACAAUUUAACUCUACUGGAUACCCAUUAGCUGUCAAAUUAGGAACAAUCACCAAGGAAGGAAAAGGCGAUGUAUUUAGCUACAAAGAAGAUGAUAUGGUGGAAGACCCGAAUCUGGUCCAACAUUUAGCACACUGGGGAAUAAAUAUCGCAAACAUGGAAAAAACCGAAAAGUCCAUGGUCGAACUUGAGCUCGAAUUAAACCAAAAAUCGAACGAAUGGUCGGCUUUACAGGAAAGCGACGGCCAACUGAAACCCAUCUAUGGUCCAGGAUACACUGGAAUGACGAACAUGGGCAAUUCAUGUUAUCUCAACAGCGUUAUGCAGAUGAUAUUCUCUAUUCCAGAUUUCAUCCAGAAAUAUUACCAUGAAGCUGAGUCGUUUUUCAACAACGUGGUUGGUGAUCCCAGUGAAGAUUUCAAUGCUCAAAUGGCUAAAUUGGGUGUUGGUCUACAUUCGGGAAAAUAUUCUGUUCCGCCACCUGCAGGGUCUCCGGUAGACGCUGAUCCUUCAGGAAUUUGUCCGUUGAUGUUUAAAGCUUUGGUCGGUCGGGGACAUCCAGAAUUUUCAACAAAAAAACAACAAGACGCCCAGGAGUUCUUCCUCCAUAUCCUCACUUUGUUAGAGAGGAAUAACAAAAAUAGAGUCAAUCCCGGAGAUUGUUUUAAGUUCAAGGUGGAGGAGAAGUUCCAAUGUAGUGCGAGUAAGAAAGUGAAGUAUUUGACGAGGUCAGAUAUCAUUCUUCCUUUGAUCAUCCCAAUGGAUGCAGCAGUCAAUAAAGAUGAGGUUGCAGCUUACGAGACGAAGAAACUAGAGGCCGAAAAAACUGGCAAAAAGCUCCUUGCAAAUACCAUGGUCAGACCAAAAAUAAAUUUCCUUUCGUGUUUAGAACUGUUCACACAAUCGGAAGUUAUAAAUAAUUUUUACAGCUCAGCAGUCAACGCAAAUGUUACAGCCCGGAAAACUACGCGAUUGGCGACGUUUCCAGAUUACCUCUGCAUUCAGUUGAAAAAAUUCAUGCUGAGAGAAGACUGGGUUCCAAUUAAAUUGGAUGUAUCUAUCGAAAUGCCCGACAUUUUGGAUAUAUCAUCUUUGCGUGGCACUGGCCCACAGACCGACGAAGAACUGCUUCCGGAGCCUAAAGUUCAACCCCCUGCGCCUGUAAUGGACGAAGCUGUUUUGGCGCAGUUGGCCGAUAUGGGUUUUCCCCCCGAGGCCUGUAAAAGAGCGGUGUUUUUCACUCAUAAUUCCGGGUUGGAAGCGGCCACCGCCUGGAUUAUGGAACACAUCACGGAUUCCGACUUUUCCGACCCGUUUAUUCCACCCGGAACGGAGAGUUCGCAGUUUACGCCAAAUGCCGAUGCGUUGGCGAGUAUUGUGGCGAUGGGUUUCACUCAUAAUCAAGCAACUAAAGCUCUGAAGGCUACGGAUAAUAAUGUGGAAAGAGCGAUGGAUUGGAUUUUUUCGCAUCAGGAUGAAUUGGACAAUGUCGCAUCGCCGCCGCCUCCUGAAUUCAGAGAUGGAGAUGGGAAGUAUAAAUUGGUGGCGUUUAUCUCUCAUAUGGGGACCUCGACAAUGGUCGGCCACUAUGUGGUCCAUAUUCUCAAAAAUGGUCAAUGGGUCAUCUUUAAUGACAAUAAAGUGUCUUUGUCGGAACGUCCCCCAAAAGAUUUAGGUUAUAUGUAUUUAUAUCAGCGACUUUAAAUAGUCAAUUAAUUUCUUUCUCUGAUUUUGUAUUUAUAAAUACCAAAUAAAUUGUCAAGAAUUUUUCACAAGA